CGGGGUCAGUGUGGACCAAUAGGAAGCCGCAGCCAGAGACACGUUGAAUACUUCCUCUAACAGACAUGUCAGCCUUCACAGGAGCAGCUUGAUUUUACAUUAUCACACUGAACUCCACGAUGGUUGUUACAGACUCCCAGUCCUCCGACACAGGGCCCAUCCUUCGUGUCAGAGGCCCGCUGCAGUUCAAAUGUCAGCUGGACAGCACAGAUGCGCUGCUCAAUCACAAAAUCAUCUCGAGAACAUUUGAGACGCUUCGCUCUCAGGUGAAAUCCGAGUCCUGUGUUCUAACAGUGAGCGACAGUCCUGUUAUUAUUUGGCCAAACAAAGGUUUUAAUACAACACCUGAAGAAGUAACUCCACACACGCUGUGUGAAGAUAUACAUCAAUGGAUUCAGACAGAUGAACAAGAGAGCGCCGGCAAGAGAUCUGCAAAAAAGAAAAGCAAAAAAAGUUCAGCAGCGAGUGUCAUUAACCUUCGCCUGAUGAUGGAGGCGACAAAGACGGGCCCUCUUUCAGCCCCGAUCCUCAGCAGAACAGUCAAGAAAUCCCACUUCAUGUCUACAACUCUUCCCAUGGACUGCGUCGUCCGUACCACCUGCAGUGACACUAUCAAAGAUGCCUUUGAGCGCCUGUUGGAGGCGCUGACUCAUCAGCUGUGUGAGAUGGAGAAAGUGACCCUGCAACACAUGAAGGGGACUACGCUGCUGGUACCUGAAGCGCUCCACUUCCUCCUUCCAGAGCCUAAAGGAUUGGUGACUGUGGUUUACCCAGCAGGAGUGCCUGACAGCCAAUUAGAGACACAACGUCAGGAACUGCAUCAACAGUUAGAGCUACCAGAUGACUGGCCCUAUUUUAGAAGAGCCAAUGCUUACCACUUUCCCAAUGAGCCCUACAAAGAUGGUUACCUCCGAAACCCUCAUCUGGUCCUCACACAUCCCACCCUGGACAAUGGAAAGGUGUACUCAGUCCAGGGGAUCUACAGCUAUCACCACUACAUGCAGGACCACAUGGACGACAACGGCUGGGGCUGCGCUUAUCGCUCCCUCCAGACCAUCUGCUCCUGGUUCCAGCAGCAAGGCUACGUAGAGCGAGCCGUGCCCACUCACAAGGAGAUCCAGCAGGCUUUAGCGGAUGUUGGAGACAAACAGGCGUCCUUUGUUGGAUCACGCCAGUGGAUCGGAUCCAUUGAGGUUCAGCUUGUUCUGAAUCAGCUGCUUGGAGUCACUUCCAAGAUCAUGUUUGUGAGUCAAGGUUCGGAGCUGGCAUCCAAAGGCAGAGAACUGGCCAACCAUUUCCUUACUGAAGGGACUCCCAUCAUGAUCGGAGGGGGAGUUUUAGCUCACACCAUUCUAGGUGUGGCGUGGAGCGAGACCACCGGGCAGAUCCGCUAUCUCAUCCUAGAUCCACAUUACACAGGAGCAGAGGACUUACAGGUUAUCACAGACAAGGGCUGGUGUGGCUGGAAAGGACCAGAUUUUUGGGAUCAAACUGCGUAUUAUAAUCUGUGUCUGCCUCAGAGGCCAAAGGUAAUCUGAGCUCAGCCUUUCAGACGGACAUCAUCUGACAUUGGUAAAGCAUUCGCAAACUUUUGGAGUGACACUAUAAUCUCUUUGUUUUAUAGAAAUGUGUCCAGAAUUGCAAAAUUCAGUAAUUUCUGUAAUGAUGUUAAAUUUCUUUUAAUUUACUUUGACGCUUUUGGUCAAUUCCUACAUAAAGUAUUAUCAUGGCAACAAAGGCACAACUACAGAUGGAUGUAAUUUGGUGUUUAAAAGAUAAACUUAUUAUAUCAUGUAAUGUAUGUACUUUUCAUUAUUUAAUAAGACAAAGGCUGGUGAAAUAUGUAUACUAGAUAGGCUCAUUUCAUUCAGAAAUACAAUUCAUUAGCAGAGAUUUAUCAUUGCUUUAUGUUACUGGUAGACAAAUGGCUGAUUUUACAAAUAAUUAAACUGUCCAGUAUA